AUGAGCCUUACAACUAUUCCUGGCACAAUGGCUUUGCAUCAGAUUGUUUUGGAUUGUAAGAACGAAAAGCGAUUGAACAUAAGGCAAUUCUCUUGUCUAAUUUGCAGAAACAAACUCGAAUGCACUCACUAUCCUAAAGGAAGCACCAUCUUUGAUCAGCAAAUCGAACAAAAAGCGCCCAACUCGGAAAACGCAGCAGUGAAGGUAAAUAAGCCUGCAGCCAUUAAAAAGAAAGCACAGUCCAAAUCGGAGGCAACCAAAGAAAAUUCAGACAGUAAUUUGAAGACAUUGCACGAUGUAGAUGAACGAGAAUUAAAAGUUGACACUUAUGUUUCUGUUAUUUUUGAUGAGGAGUGGUAUCCUGGUCGAAUAAAUAGUGUAGACUUAGCCGUAAAAAAAGCUAAAAUUUCUUUCAUGCGUCGCUCCGGUGGAUUUUUCCUCUGGCCAUCAACAGCAGAUAUCCAUGUUGUUAACUUUGAUGGCAUUCUAACUAUCCUUAAACCACCCACAAAGUGUUCCUCAAGACUUUAUGUGUUUGAAAACGUAGACUUAGUUGAUAAACUGUCAACAUCCUAUCUACGUGAUUUGUAACUAGUCAUACGAAUGAUCUCAAGUUAAAUCAUGAGUAGUUACCCAGCCUCAUAACUUGCCUUAAAGUCUUCAAGACAUUUACCUCAUUUAUUUUCGCCAAGUGCCUAGCUCUUAGAGGUUUGUAGUGUAGUGAAACCAAGGGGAUAAGGAUUUAAAUCCUGGAUACUGUUUCCUCUUGCUUUCUUACCAAAAAACCUAACAAAUUUUUUUUGAUUUUUUUCAUUUUUCUAUUAAUUUGUUUCUUAAUUUUUUUCUUAUUCCUUUCGAUACGAAAGUUUUUCAUUUCAUAUAUAAUGUCUUUACUAAAAAUGUUUUUUUCUUUUACAUGUUUAUUUAGUUUAUAGUAAUUCGCUACCACACGGUGCAAUUUUAUUUUUUUACUUUCCUAAGUUUAUUUUUGACUUAUUCUCUAAUAUGAAGCUCUCGUUUUAUUUCAAAUUUUUCUAACAAAAGUCCAGCCUUAAGCUCAGUAUUAUAGUAGAAUAGCGCAUUAUUUAAGACAAACUAUUUCAUUCUUUAGAAUUUUAAGCCUUCAGUUUAAAGGACAAUUUUUCAGAACUCUAAUCUUCUUUAGAAUUUUUUUUUUUUUAGUUAUAAGUUUUUGCAUUCCUCUUUUAGUUACUAAGUGUUCGUGUUCCUCUUUUUUGAAAAAUGUGCUCUCUCAACAUUUUUGUUUGGAAUGAAUGGUGCAUUCCAGUUAUUAUGUUUUUUUUGUAAAUAAAAUUUUUCGUUCCAGUA